AUGGCGCGCGUCAUGCCCCGGGGCCGCCACCGCCUCAGCGAGGCGCAGCACGCGGAGAUCCGGCGCCACUUCCGCGCGGCCUUCAUGGGCUCGACGCCCCACCAGGUCUUCCUGAAGUUCGCGGGGCAGCACGGGCCGCGCGGGUCGGCCGCGGCGCGCGACAUGCUCCGGGGCGUGCGCAUCCACCUGCGGCUGACCGUGCAGCAGCUGCCCGACGAGGACACCGCGGCCGGGUCCGAGUGCCUGCGGGCGUCGCGGGCGCGCGGCGCCGAGCAGUUCGGCCGGCGCGAGGAGGACCCGGCGCUCGGUUUGGGGGGCGUGUCGCACGCGAUUUUGCACAUGAUCUGCACGCGGCUCAAGGCGCUGUCCAUCCAGGAGUACGUCUGGAAGCACGUCGCGGAGCACGUCGAGCACGUCGACAAGGCCAAGCCCUGGCUCGGGCCGAGCAACCGCACGGUGCGCGAGGCCGUCUUCGAGCACAUCGACCUCAACGGCGACGGCCAGCUCAGCGUCCAGGAGUUCCACGACGUCAUCCGCCACAACCUCAAGGUCUCCGUCUUCGAGCUCAACGACGAGGGCAUCAUGCACCUCGUCGACGCCCUCGACACGGACCGCAGCGGCUUCGUGAACCUCGACGAGCUCAACGUGCUCCUCGAGAAGGGCGACGCCUACGACCCGGCGGAGAGCGCGGGCGACGACGCGCCGGGCACGCCGGACCUCUCCGCGCGGCUCCAGCUCGACAAGACCUGGGUCGGCCCGCGGCCGCCGUUGCCCGAGGGCGAGGUCCGCCGCGCGGAGCGGCCCGCGAGCCGCAAGUCGAAGAAGCGGCCCCUCUUCCGCGGCUGGGGCGACCGGUCCAAGCGCGCGCCCCGCUUCGACGCCGCCUUCCUCGCGGCCAAGGAGGCCGCGGACAUCGCCCGGGCCGUCGCGGAGCCCGUCAUGGCCCUCCUCGGCCGCCGCGCCGCGGCGCUUACGCCUGUGAGCAGCCACCGGCUCAGCGACCAGACGGAGUCGCCGAACGUGCCCGGCCUCAACGCCUGCCCGGCGACGCCGCCGGCCAAGGCCCGGUCGAAGCGGCGGGGCCGGGGCGGCGCCCUCGAGGGCGCCGAGGGCGGCGAGCGCUGGGCCUUCGCGGCGUGCCUCGCCGUCGGCUCGGGCCUCUGGUGCGCGCUGCUGCGGCUCUUCCUGAAGCGCCACAAAUUCCCCUACCACCGCCACAGAACGGAGGCCGCGGCGCUCUACGGACUCCCGCCAUUGCGCAUGCGCCUCGCGUUCGCGCUGGCGCUGGCGCGCGCCGCCGGCGCCGCGGCGCCGCGCAACGCGACGCUCGCCGUCGACGCGUCGGCCCUGCCGCCGCUCGUGAUCGCCGGCGCGGACAAGGGCGGCACGUCCGACGCCUUCGAGCUGCUCCUGCGGCACGGCUUCGCCUCGAAGCAAAAGUUCGAGUGCGAGGACCCGUCGAGCUCGCCCAAGGUCCGCGACCUCUGCGUCGCCCGGUCCAAGGAGCUGGGCUGCCUCUACCGCGGCGGCGACGCCGCGUCCCACCGCGACUGCUACAGGCGCUACGCCGUGCGCGGCGCGCUCUGGAUGGACGCGACGCCCAACUAUCUCUGGGGCUGGGUCAACGGCGAGGACGCGGCCGCGCGCCUGUCCGCGCUGUCGCCGAACAGCGCCGUCGCGCUGUUGCUCCGCGAGCCCGUCGCCCGCCUCGCGAGCCUCUUCGCCCACUGGCGGUCGCGGCCCAUCGGCGACGAGCUCGGCGCGGCGCUGGAGCCCCACGUACUCGCGGACCUCGCCUACCUCGACGCGAUGCGCCGCGAUUCCGUCUACGAGGUCGUCAAGGGCCGCAAGGUCGUCUUCGCGCGGAACGUCUCCGUGCCGCGGCUCUUCGGCCCCGGCGGCGCCGAGGUCUUCUCCCUGCUCCUCCGCGACUACCCGCGCUGGGCCGGCCGGGCCCUGGACAGGGCGACGUGCGAGGCGCUCGUCGGCGACAAGCAGCGGACCGCGGGGCCCUUCGAGGCGUGGCGGAACUACGUGUCGCCGCCGCCGUCCGCGGCGCCGCGGCCCUGCGCGCGGAAGAAGUGCCCGCCGCGGCGGCCGGCGAAGAUCCCGCCCUGCCCCGUCUUCGUCAACUUCGUCCUCACGUCCGUGCGGCGCUGGGUCGACGCGUUCCCGGGCCGCGUCGCGGUCGUCCAGUCGGAGUACUACUUCGCGGACCGGGCGGCCUUCCUCGCGGCGUUCGGGCUCGCGCCGCGGCCCGCCUUCGCCGGCCCGCCGGCGGCGCCGGACGCGGCCGAGAAGGUGAACAACCGCGGCGCGUACGCGGAGCGCGGCGCGACGGCGCUUACGGCGGCGACGCGCGCGGCGCUCGCGCGCUUCUACGAGCGGCCCAACGCGGAGCUCCGGGCCCUACUCGCGGCGCGCCGCGACCUCGUCGUCGUGCCGGAGCCGGACGUGGCCGGGUCGUGGUGGACGAUGGAGAACGCCCUCCUCGCCCUCUGCCUCGGCGUCGCCGGCGCGCUGCGCGCGCCGGUGAGCAUGUCCAUCGCCGUGGGCGACAAGUUCCCGUCGGCGUCGCUGUCGAAGCUCGGCUGCGCCGGUUCCAACAGCGUCAUCUACUUCUACGGCGCCGACGAGGCGCCGUCGUGCACGAAGCAGGCCGAGGGCUUCGACGCGUCCAUGGGCGACUUCUCCGGCGUCAAGGUCGUCGGCGUGCGCAACGACGCGGGCGUGAAGGACGGCUUCUCCGACAAGUACGCGCAGUCGUUCUACGUCGACGCGGGCGACGCGAUCCGCGACGAGAUCGGCAUCCCCAAGGACUUCUUCGGCUUCCUCGGCGGCCGCGAGACCUACGUCGUCGACAAGGCGGGCACGGUGCAGAUGGUCUUCAACGGCCAGCUCAACCCGGAGAAGCACGUCGAGGCCGCCAAGGCCGCCGUCGCGGAGCUCGGCGCGUCGUCCGGCGGCGGCGGCUUCGACCCGUCCAACCUGGCGUUCGCGCCGGCGUUCUACCUCUCGCCGCGGCCGACCGCGCCCGCCCGCGCCGCCGUCGGCGACACCGGCGCGCGCCUACCGACGCGCGACGCGCCGGGUGCGCCCAUGGCCGGCUCCGACGACGCGCCGAGCGCCACCGAGGCCGCGCGCCGCGCGAAGCUCGAGCGCCUGCGCGGGAAGCGGCGGAGCUCCAAGUCCAAGGCCGGCGACCAGGCGUCGAGCUCGAGCCCCCCCGCGUCGGCCCCGACGUCGCCCGACGACCUCGGCGGCUUCCCCUCGUUCGACGCGGCCGCGCCGCCGGCCGAGGCGUCGGCGCCGACGAUGCGCGGCGUCGCGGAGGCGCCGCCGGACUUCGGGUCCGACGCCAAGGCCCUCGAGGACCGCUGGGGCACGGCCGCGCGCGCGACGGCGCGGAGUACGUGA